AUGGUAACAACAAAUUCAAGAGGGAAAAUUUGUGCUUUUGUUCUUUUAAGUAUUUAUAUAAUUGCUGGUGUGACAAUAUUGUCAACAGUUACUUCUCCUAAUCAGGGAGGAAAAGGAAGAAAACAUUUUGAUUCAGGAAAAUCAAAAAUUUAUGAUUUUAAUCCAUUGUUAAGAAAAACAGCAAGGAGACCCAAAAUGAAAUGGUGCCAACCUUUAAAAUUUUUAAAUGAUGUUAAUAGGCCAAUUAUUGCUCUUGUAUCCUUUCCAGGAAGCGGAAAUACUUGGGUGCGAUAUCUUAUACAACAGGCAACAGGGAUUCACACUGGGUCCGUUUAUAAAGACUUUGGAUUAUUAAAAAAUGGUUUCCCAGGAGAAUACAUAGCAGAUUCUUCUGUUAUUGUUGUUAAAACUCAUGAAAAAGGUCCAGCAGCUCAUAGGGGAUAUAAAAAAGCUGUUCUUUUAAUUCGAGAUCCCAUGCAAGCUAUUCAAGCUGAAUUUAACAGACAAGGAGGAGGACAUGUUGGUUUCGCAUCACCAGAUAGAUAUAAAAUUGGAAAAGGAAAAUUUUGGGAAAAAUUUGUUCAAGAACAAAUAAUUAAAUGGAGAGACACAAAUUUGGAUUGGUUUUUCAAUUUUACAAAACCGACCAUGAUCUUGUUUUACGAUCAAUUAAUUUCCGAUUUGGAAUCAAAUCUUCGAAGAUUGUUAAAAUUUCUUGAAGUUAAUGUAACCGAAUCACAAUUGCAGUGUGCUAUACAAAGAAAAGAGGGAAUUUAUAAAAGGAAAAAAAAAAUGAUACAUUUAGAUCCAUUUACAAAAGAUAUGAAAACUAAAAUAGAAGCAACUAAAUUAGAAGUAUACAAGUUAAUAUAUGAUUAUAUAAGUAGUAAAAAGAGAAAAAAGAUUUUUAAUAGAUGA